UCUGACGAGGAACCAACCGGGUGCGUCCAUAACAUGACAAUUCAUUGACAUUUCCCCAGGCGAAAUGUUACUUGAUAUUGGCUUUAUUUUGCUUGUGAAACUCUCGUUCUGAAUUGCAGUGAAAAACUCAACACAUUUCGUUAACAUCAGUACCUUCUGUGAAAUAUUUUCCAAGUGAAAUCACACACGAAAUGCAUGAAAUCCUUUCUCUAGUCGUCGUUGCAUUCCUGUGGGGCGCCACUAAUCCAUUUCUGCGACAAGGUUCGGCGGGAAUCGAACGAGUGCAUUCGGAUUCAAAAAUUACUGGAUUUAUUUUGGAGUUGAAGUUUUUGGUCACUCGAUGGCAAUACAUAGUACCUUUUCUACUUAAUCAGUCUGGAAGUCUCCUCUAUUUUUUCACGCUACAGAAGACAGCAUUGUCUGUUGCUGUUCCAAUUGCGAACUCGUUAAGUUUCGUGUUUACGGCGUUGGUGGCGCAGCUGCUUGGCGAGAGGGCGGCGAGUAAAAAUGUUAUCUUGGGAACCAUAUUGGUUGCUGUUGGUAGUAUUUUAUGUUUAAUUGAAACAUGACCGAUGUAGCAAACAAAUUACAAACCGAAAUAUAUUCCAUUUUCAUUAGGAUUUCAA